AUGUUAAAAUAUAUUUUUAAAAAUUCAAUUACUUCCUUUCAUCUCUUAUCCAAAUAUCAAAUAAGCAUAGAUAAGAUUCGGAAUUUUUGUAUCAUAGCUCACAUUGAUCAUGGAAAAUCUACUUUGGCAGAUCGAUUCCUUGAAAUCACCGGGACGAUUAGUAAAGGGAAACAUGAGUAAUAUUUGGAUAAAUUGGAGGUUGAAAAAGAAAGAGGAAUCACUGUUAAAGCAUAAUCAGCAGCCAUGUUUUAUAAAGUUGAUGGAAUAGAGGUAAUAUACAUCAAGAUAGUAGUAUUUGUAUAAUUUGAUUGACACUCCUGGACAUGUCGAUUUUACAUAUGAAGUAUCACGUUCAAUGAGAGCAUGUGAAGGUGCAAUCUUAUUGAUCGAUGCAACUCAGGGAAUCUAAGCAUAAACACUAUCUAAUUAUAUUUUGGCAAAGAAGUAGAAUUUAAAGAUUAUACCCGUUAUUAAUAAGAUAGAUAUGACAUCUGCAAAUACUGAGAGUGUAAUAUCAUAAUUGGUUGAAAAAUUCGAUAUGAAUCCAAAUGAAAUAUUUAAGGUGUCUGCUAAAAAAGGAACUGGAGUUACAGAGUUGUUAAAUAAUAUAGUUACAUUGAUACCUCCACCAUAGGAUCAUAAGGAACUGAAAUGUUUUUUGAUUGACAGUUGGUAUGCUAGAGACAAGGGAGUUGUGUUAUUGAUAUUAAUGAAAGGAGGGUAUUUAAAGAAGGGAGAUUAGAUAUUAUCUUGUGCAUUCAAAAAGAAAUAUGAUGUUUUUGAAGUAGUCAAGUUCAUUAAAUUAGGUAGGGAUUCAAAGUCCAGAGAAUGUUCCUCAGGAGAAGUUGGAACCAGGUUAGGUAGGGUAUGUGAUGACGA